GAUCCGAUGCACAUUAAAACUCUCUCUCUCUUGUUCAUCUCUCUUCAGUUGAAACCGUUUUCCAUAGCUUUCUCUUCUUCUCUCCUCUCUGACAAAAUCACUGCCCCAUUUUCUAAGCUACGAAGCUCACAACAAACGAAUCAACCUCCAUUUCUCUCUCUCUCUCUCUGCAACUUGAUCGUCGUCAUCAUGGCCUCACAAUUUCGAGAAAUCUCCCUCACACCAGAAUCAUUCCGCGUCAAAUUGGAGGAUGCGGACCAGAUCGAGUUCAUUUUCGCCGUAGAAAAUCGUCCUCUCGCAUUGGAAUCUCAACAACGCUGCGAUUCCUCCGCUCCAGAAGAGUCGUUGUUGAUCUCCGCUGUGGACGACGAGGACGGUUUCAGAACGCCGACCUCUUCGGAUUAUAAGAUUCCGUUGGUGGAACACUGUCCGCCGGCGCCUAGAAGACCGAAACCGAUCUCGUUGUCGAGAACGUCGCCGAGAGUUUCCGGCGUUCGUAGAGGUUUCAGAGUGUAUAUCUCAGACGAAAUCGUUGAUUCGAUCUUCUCGUCUAGUUUCGGCUCCGAUUUUCUGCAACACAAGAACAAGAAAGCUCGGAAGGACGAUCAUGGCGGUAAAAUGAAAUUAUGAUCACGUGAACGAGAAUAACAUCGUCGGGAGAGAGCUUCCUGCGUUCGCUGAGGUUUCAGAGAAUCUAUAAUUUCCGAUUAAAUCGUAGAGUCGAAUUUCUCGUCCAGUUUCGACUCCGAUUUGCUGCACCAGAAGACAGUAAAUUCGGAAAAGGAUGAUCAUGGCGGUGAAACGAAAUCAUGUUAGUUUCUCUUGAUUAUUAGUUUAUUAGUUAAUUAAUAAUUUUAUCCUGAGAUUUCUUCACGAUCCGAAGAUCCGAAACGACGACGAAAAGUAAACCAGGAACGAACAAAAGGUAUGAUAAAUGCGAAGUUCCAUGUUUUAUUUUAUUUGUUUGGAGGUUUGGAGGUUUGUGCCUAGUUAAGGACGCCUUUUUGUUCUUCAAAAGUAACAAUUUGGAUAUUCCAUAUAUAUAGGUUCUAUUGGUGAAUUAUGUGAUCCUAGAUUUCGAUCUCUUAAUACUUUAUUUAUACGUUUGAAAGCCCAAAACCUUUCUCACAA